AUGCAAACCCGACGUAAGAAUAAUAUUGUGAAACCCAAACGGAAACUAAAUCUCUCCGCAGCUUUAUCUCCCAACAUCCCGACUGAACCUUUAACCGUGAACCAAGCUAUGAAGGAUAAGGUAUGGCGUGAUGCGAUGUCGGGUGAGAUUGAUGCCUUUGCGCGCAAUCGGACAAUGGACCUUGUUCCCCGACCACUGAAUCAUAACAUUGUUGGCUGUAAGUGGGUUUACAAAAACAAAUUUUUGCCUAACGGCACUCUUAGCAGGUGUAAAGCAAGGCUUGUCGCCAAAGGCUACAACCAGGAAUAUGGUCGUGACUACACCGAGACCUUUAGCCCAGUGAUCAAAGCUACUACCCUCCGCUUAGUUCUUGAUGUUGCGGUAAGCCGCUCUUGGCCGAUUCUUCAGUUAGAUGUUAACAAUGCGUUCCUUCAAGGCACCCUAAACGAGGAAGUAUACAUGGAGCAACCACCGGGGUUUGUUGAUUCUGAUCAUCCGUCNUCCGAAUUGUAA